AUGGAGGAGGACGAAUCAACCCCGGCCUGCUUGCCCCCUUGGGUUGAACUCGAGUACUGCUACAUGAUAAAGCUCGCAGGCUCGUCUGCGUCCGUGCAGUUCACGCAUCUAUCCGCCAGCGCAGGGAGUUCACUCCGAUCUAAAUUAUCCUCGUUCAGCGGAAAACCCGACGAACAUCAGUUUGCCAGCUAUGUAGUACACUCGGUAUCAAUUUCGGAGCUACUCCAGCAGGAGAACGUACCACUUUCAAGAGUGUGUUUGCUCGACCCCAAAGCGGAACGAGCCAUCGAGCCAGGUGAUAAAGAUGAAUUCGGGUGGUUUUUAUUUGGGGUAGGCGAUGACCCACCUCGCGACCGCACUUCCGAACUCCGCAGACUGGGGUUUCCCUCACGACAUCUUGGACCCGUACAGAUGACCACCGAUACUGCUUUGGCAGUUACGAAGCGUGUCAUCGACGAUGGAGUUUCCCUCGACGAAAUACCAUAUGUCGACUUCCCCACGAUCCGGUUCAACGCCCGCGAGAGCGUCGAGAUGCCCUUCAGGUAUGUCAGAGAGGGCGGCGAGCCACUCCUCCCGCCAGGAAUGCGAGAUCUCUUGCACGACGACUUGAACAAAAGUUUCGAGUUUUAA